AUGUCCAGAGCUAGGCCAAAUGUCGCCUUCAAUGAAUGGCUGGCGUCACCAAGCAAGCGGGUUGCAGCCCUUGCUGGGGAAGAAAAAGAGGAGGAAGCAGCAGCAGCAGCAGACGAAGAAGACGGCCUUUGCAAAGAGUCGUGCGUUUUGAUUUUACAACCGAGCAACCGCUAUAGCAGAAGCACGCCCCUGCUCGAUUCCGACUCGUCUGCGCUCCCACCGUUGGUGCCACCGAAGUCCCCUGCCGCCGCCCCCGUAUUGGGGGCGGCGGCAGAAGCAUCAGCAGCAUCGGUGGCAAGUGCCUCGCCUGGUACUGCCUGGGACGCAAGCUACGACCAGGAGUUCCAGGAGGGCCUCGAUUGGGUUCGGUACGACAAGCUCCAGGCGGAGAACCAUGCGGAGAGGGUUGCAGCCAGAGCUGAAAGCGUGCACAAGAGACGGCUGUUACAGUGCCUGUCCAAGCUUAUAGCGUGCACAGGAAGUGUCAGUGGCAGCAGCAGGGACGGCAGCAGCAGCAGCAGCGGCAUUAGCCGCCGCCGCAGCAGCCGCCGCCGCCCCGGAGAGCCGCUGCACAGCAACAACACUCCUAUAUCGAGGCACUCUUCCAUCCGCCGCAGGGACUUCUCCACCACAGCAGAGAUAGACCGUUACCAGCGCGGUUCGCAGUUCAUCUUCCACAGAGGGUUCUCCACACGUCAAAAUAGAUUAUCCAAUACACAGAAACGUCUGCAGCGUCGCCGCUGCACAAAAGCUAGGUUUGAAACCCCCACACAACUUUCUGCGUUCAUCAAAUACAUCAACUUUGGUUCCUUCAAAGUCGAAGACGUCACCGGCUCCAAACAGAUGAUCUUCCACGAAUUGAAGCCGCCCAAAUGGGCCGAAUUGUCCAAAAAGCGCCCUGCGCUCGUUUCUCGGACAAAAGAAUGGAAGCCUGCCCAACACACUUACACGGAUCUAGACAGGCCCCUCGUGGAACAAUGUAAGCUCAAACUCAAGGCCCCGCCGCCGCCGCCGCCCAUCCUGGCACGCAAGCGCUCCCCUGUGAUCCACCGCCCGUCCGGCGGUUCCCUGCGUCGUUCCCAGACCGUGUCGUCCUUGCGCCGCCACUCCCGGUACGAGUCGCUGUAUCCUGGGCUGUACGUCACCUGGCGGGAAUACUUGCAGUCCGUCAUCUACAACCAGAUCAGUUUCCGUCUACAGUGUCUGAGGGCCCCCGAGGUGGACUCGCCCGGAGCCGUGUCGGAGCCGGCUCGCCCUCCCAGGGAAAGCUCCCGUUUCUCCGUCGAAGGUAGUAUCUUUGAGCACCAGAGCUUCGAAUCCAAUGUGGACUACAGCGUUCAUACCAGCGCGCCUAUUGCCCGAAAUGAUCUAUUCUACUACCAUGUAGGUUCUGUCGCUGUUCCUGCAGGCGCGGCUGCGCCUGCCAAGGGCGGUGACAACUUUAUGAACGAGCUAAUACCUGCAGAUGAGAAUUCCGGUACGAUACGCCACAGUUCCCACUCCAGUAAACGCAGUCUGAAACUGUACUAA